CGAGCCUCCCACCCGCCCACUCUUUGACGCUUCCAACAUGGCGUCGGCAAAGUAAGACUUUGGGCUAAUAGUUUGUUCUCGGCUCUGGUACAAAAUCACCCCGGGGGCUUUUUUUGCGCUCUUCGGGGCGCCACGGACGGUUCACCGGGGAUCUUACGUGCGCUGAUGCUCGGCUGUUUGCCGCCCCGGCCGCCGCCAUGUUCACCAAGAAGAAGAAGUCGCGCAUCCAGAUCUCGGCGCCGUCCAACUUCGAGCACCGCGUGCACACGGACUUCGACGAGCAGGAGCAGAAGUUCGUGGGCCUGCCGCGCCAAUGGCAGUCGCUCAUCGAGGACACGGCCAAGAGGCCCAAGCCCUUCAUCGACGCCACCGUCAUCACCACCGUGGACCCGCACAAGACAAUCGUGCGGGGCAACAAGCUGGGGGCGGACGGCUCCUUGACUUGGCUUCUGGACGAGUUUGACAACAUGUCGGUGACUCGCUCAAACUCUCUGCGGCGGGGCAGCCCCCCCGUCCAGCCUCGCCAGGAGAACGGCGACCCCCACCAGCAGCGGCUCUCGCAGUCGGACAGAGACCGGCCCAGGCUAGACCACCAGGGCGUAAGCGACCCCCCGCACGGUCAUCACGCCCUCCGCGGCUCUCAACGAGGCGACGGGGUCCACGCCCGGCCUCAGCAGCAACCCCGAGGCCAGGAGCCGGGCCGGGGCCACAGAGACAGACCGGGCGCCGGUCCACCGCCGCCGCCCCCUCACAGAGACAGAGAGCAUCGGGACCAGAACCAGGAUCAGAUGGGCCGCCGCGACCCCCACGGCGAGCAGAGGCCAAAGUCCAGCUACCACGUGCGGGACGGCAGCCCCCAGUCCCCCCGGGAGAAGAGGCCUCUGUCCGGGCCCAACAUCCGCACCCCACACUUGCCGGUGACCGACGGGGUGAUGAAGACGGCGCAGCAGACGACGCGGCCCUUCAACACGUACCCUCGGGUGGAGAGCGACGGGGGGCGCAGUCCCGCUGGGCCGCCGGUGCGUCCCCACGAGUCGUCCCCUCAAAACGGCCCCGGCGUACCCCGCCGAGGCUCUUCGGGCUCCAAGCCCCCCGUCGGCCACCCUCAUCACAGCUCGUCGCACCCCAGCCUGACGCCCGAGGGCGGCCCGCAGCCGCAGCCGCCUCAGCCCAACGUGCCUGCGCCGCGACCGCCCGCCCCCUCGGGCCUGCCGCCGCCCCCCGAGGCCCGCUCCCCGCAGAGGGAGCCGCAGAGGGUCUCCCACGAGCAGUUCCGCACGGCUCUGCAGAUGGUGGUGGACCCCGGCGACCCGCGGACCUACCUGGACCACUACAUUAAGAUCGGAGAGGGCUCCACGGGCAUCGUGUGCAUCGCCACCGUCAAGACGACAGGGAAACUGGUUGCGGUGAAAAAGAUGGACCUGAGGAAGCAACAGCGCAGAGAGCUUCUUUUCAAUGAGGUGGUGAUCAUGCGUGACUAUCACCACGAGAACGUGGUGGAGAUGUACAACAGCUACCUGGUGGGCGACGAGCUCUGGGUGGUCAUGGAGUUCCUGGAGGGUGGCGCCCUCACCGACAUUGUGACGCACACCAGGAUGAACGAGGAGCAGAUCGCCACCGUGUGUCUGUCCGUCCUGAAGGCUUUGGCGGUGCUGCACACGCAGGGCGUCAUCCACCGCGACAUCAAGAGCGACUCCAUCCUCCUCACGCACGACGGUCGGGUGAAGCUGUCCGACUUCGGUUUCUGCGCUCAGGUGUCGAAGGAAGUUCAGCGCAGGAAGUCUCUGGUGGGCACUCCGUACUGGAUGGCACCCGAGCUCAUAUCACGACUUCCCUACGGACCCGAGGUGGACAUUUGGUCCCUGGGCAUCAUGGUCAUCGAGAUGGUGGACGGGGAGCCGCCGUACUUCAACGAGCCGCCGCUCAAGGCCAUGAAGAUGAUCCGAGACAACCUGCCACCCAAACUGAAGAAUCUGCACAAGGUGUCGCCGGUGCUGAAGGGCUUCCUGGACCGCAUGUUGGUGCGCGACCCGUCCCAGCGCGCCUCCGCCGGGGAGCUGCUGAAGCACGGCUUCCUGGGCAAGGCCGGGCCGCCGUCCUGCAUCGUGCCCCUCAUGAGGCACAACCGUGUCAGAUGAGGACUCCUUUCGGCACAGUUUGGCCUUUUCUACUGUUGGGGGGGGGGGGCGCGAAAGUGGGUCUUUCCUGGUUCUGCUUCCCUGGAUAUAAAGCAAUAAUUUGGGUUGUGUGCAUGUGCACGUGUGUGAUUGUGUGUGUGUGUGUGUAUUCCCGACUCGAGCACGAGUCUUACUGUUAACGGAAAGAACACGUACUGUAACCUGCCUAACCUGGAACUUUUAUGAUGAUGAUGAUUAUUAUUAUUAUUAUUAUUUGGACCCGGGGUUGGAUUUUAAGAGCGGACGGGGAGAGCUUUGGCCCGGUUUGGAUCCCCGGCUGGAAUUUUGACUACUGAGGGACGCACGCCAGCGGGAAAACGAGCAAAACAUGAAGUCGAAGGUAAACACUGGAGUUGAAUUUUUUUUUUUUUUUUUUUUUUUUUUUUUUAAAUCCUUUUCUAUACGGGCAUAUGAGUGUCACUGUCAUGUGGUCCUGAUUUGAUUUUAAUGUUCAUGAUGAUUCGAUAUGAUGAUGAUGAUAUUUCAAGCACUGUCAACACUAGAAGCUGCACACACACACACACAAGCCAUGACAUGACUGCAGGUUAAUGAAUUACACAAAAAAUAAUAACAAACCAGUCGUUCAUAGAUAUAAAUAUAACUAUAUGCUGUACAACCACUCACACACACACACACACACACUGGUUGUCAUGUGGCUGCUGGGUGUACAUACAUACUAUUUUUUUAAUUACCUUUUUAGAUUCCAGGUUUUGUACGGGAAAAAAAAAAGAAUAGAUGACAUUUGACAUUUGAUCUAGCGACGAUGAUUUGUGAUAUCUUUCCAAACGGUGCUUUUUUUUUGUUUUUUUUUUUUUUUCCUUCGCUGACCUGAACAAGAAACGUGAUUUGAUACCAAACAAAAGCAAGCGUGGCUUUGGCAUGUAGCACAGAUCACACACGUCGUUAUUUUUAUAUCUAGAAUUGUGCUUCUCAUGUAGCAGAACUUAGCUGGUACGUCCUAGUUUACCUCCCGAGCAGCAGGGGGCAGCGUGCACACCUAUCCUUCCUUUUUUUGUGUUUCCUUUUUCCUGGCUGGAACGGAAUGUUGGUUCACUUUUAGAUUUUAGCUCCAAAAUUUUAACGAAUCCAUUUUUUUUUUUUGACUCGCGAGUGAAGUGACAAUCAAUUGUACUUGAAAUUGGUAGCCCUAAAAAAAAAAAAAAAAAAAAGACACUUAACUUCUCUACUUACAUUUUUAGGAAAAAAUUGUUUUUCAUUCAAGCAAACAUUGACCAAAAAAAAAGAAAUCAUAAUUUCCUUGGUGGAGGUCAUGAAACAACCUGCAUCCUACUCAGGGUAAUGUGUUGCGAAGAAAGGCUCUCUAACUCUCGUUACAGAUGCUAACAGUAAGACGUAGUUAGAUUCUAUUCUAUGCUAGCUUGCUAACGUGUCGUUAAAAAGUGGCUAGCUAACACUGCCGACUCCAAGGAGUUACUUUAAUGUGAUUUUAGCCCCGUCAGUGUUCCGCAUCGUUUGAAAACAUUUUCUUAAUAUUUUUGAGUGGCAAACUAUUGUCCAUAAGUAGAACGUCGGAGAAAUUGGCGAGGCUAGCUCACGCUAACGAAUGCAACUAGCUAGUUUUAAGGGCACAAGAACUACAACGCGACGCGUUCCACGACAUUCCUCGCGCAUGGAAAAAACCGUUUUCUCGUGUUUUGCGCAACAAGAUGGCGUCCAAGAAGCAAGACAAUGCUGUGUCGGAUAGAAUAAAACUGGCGACACACAACUAGCGAGUUUUACUUCCCCGUCCUGCGAUGAUAUGACAUAUAUGUUAAAAUUCCUCAUGCUAACUUAUCAGAGAUAAAGGUUUGCUAACUUCGGCGACUAGCUAGUUUUACAACAUUUGAGACCGUGUUCAUUAAUGACACAAUUUCCCACAAAUUGAAAAUAAUUGCUGGUGAUUUCGAGCCACAAACUGACAUGGCUGCGUCGGCGAACGCGGCUAAGUUAGUAGCUAACACUGACAACUACAACUAAUGAUUUUUAUGUAACGUCCCAAGACACUAAAACAUGCGUCAAUAUUCUUUGCACGUUUAAAUCUUUGUGGUGUAACAAGAUGGCAUCGAAAAAGUAGAAUACGGCUACAUGCAAGAAAAUGACCAAGCUAGCUAACAUUCAAAGCACAAGCGCCAAUUACCUUUCGUAAACUUUCCCGCGGAUCUUGUUCCCGAAUGUUUUCUUCCGUUCCCGUGUUACUGUUGAGGGUUCGAGUGCCUCAUCCUUGCCUCGCGCCGACAACCGACCGGCCCAUCCCGGUUAAUCCUGUGUACGUACAAAGCGAGAUGAACUGUUCCACUACUCGAGCUGAUGAUGUCAUCAGCGUCUGUCUGUGUUGUCACUGGGAUUGGCGAGAGAAUAAAAACACUUCGCUUUGAAAA